GGCUCCCGCCAGGCUUGGCCGGAAACAUUCAGGGUCAGCGGCCAGAAGAGACUUAGGACCCUCUUGAAAGAAGCAGACAGGGCGGAGAGGGAACAGACCAGACGGGGGUCGAGGGAAGAGGCCGCGAGUGGAGGAACAGAAGACAGACCCAAAGACAGAGAAGCAGAGGAAGCGAUGGAGUGGCCCGUAAGGGCGCAGGGGAAACGAGAAACAGAGAAAGGAGGAGAAAGAAAACCCGGGGGCGGGGAGUGGUGCUGAGGGAGGUGCUGAGAGCAGAAGAUUGGGGGUCCCUGGGCGUCCCCGCUUCUGUACCUGCGUGUUGGGGGCGGGGCCGGGGGGUCUGUACCUGUGUCUGGCUGGCUGGCGGUGGGAGUGUGAGCAGGGCAGUGCAGGGGGCGGACGACGCCAGACCGCGGACUGCGGGACAGGCAGACCUCCUGGCCCCUGGCCGGGGACCCCCGCCCGCCGCGCCGGCCCGCGCGGGUUAACGCGCCGCCCCCGCCGCGCCGGCUCCUCCCCGCGGGGCCGUGUCCCGGCUCCGCCAACGCCCUCGCUGGACCUGGCGGCCGGCCCCCGGGCGGACGGCGAGUCCCUGACGGCGGGACGGACCCCGCGUCCCCGGAUGCGCGCGGAGCAUCCCCCGCGCCCGCCGCGCCGCCGCCGGGUCGCCGCCCGGCCGUCUGGCCUCCCGGGGAACCCCUGUGGGCGCCGCCUGGGUGCCGGGACCCCCGCGCGCCCCCGCACCAGGCUGCCCAGAUGCGGGCGCCACUGUGCCUGCUGCUGCUCGUCGCCCACGCCGUGGACAUGCUGCCCUUGAACCGAAGGAAGAAGCAAGUGGGAGCUGGUCAGGGGGGCAACUGCACAGGCUGUGUCAUCUGCUCAGAGGAGAACGGCUGCUCCACCUGCCAGCAGAGGCUGUUUCUGUUCAUCCGCCGGGAGGGCAUCCGUCAGUACGGCAAGUGUGUGCACGACUGUCCCCCCGGCUACUUCGGCAUCCGCGGCCAGGAGGUCAACAGGUGCAAAAAAUGCGGGGCCACGUGUGAGAGCUGCUUCAGCCAGGACUUCUGCAUCCAGUGCAAAAGGCGGUUCUACCUGUACAAGGGGAAGUGUCUGCCCACCUGCCCGCCGGGCACCACGGCCCAGCAGAGCACCCGGGAGUGCCAGGAGGAGUGUGAGCUGGGCCCCUGGGGCAGCUGGAGCCCCUGCACGUACCACGGGAAGACCUGCGGCUCGGCCUGGGGCCUGGAGACCCGGGUUCGAGAGGCCAGCCGGGCCGGGCAGGAAGAGGCGGCAGCCUGCCAGGUGCUGUCCGAGUCAAGGAAAUGCUCCAUCCAGCGGCCCUGCCCAGGAGAGAGAAGCCCGGGGCAGAAGAAGGGCCGGCGGGAGCAGCGGCCGCGCAAGGACAGGAAGCCGGACCGCAAGCCCGACCCCGACCGCAAGCCGCCCGUCAGGGCCAGCCAGCCGCCCGCCUGAGCGCCUGCGCCGGCCACCACCCCUCGCGGCCCCGCACCCCCUCCUCCGCCCCCGGUCUUUAAUCCCACCUCGCCACCUCCUCGCGCUUUCCUCUGUCAGUCUACCUUUCCUGUCUUUUCCCCUUUUCCUGAGUGUCGUCCACCUCUCUUUUCCUCCCUCCCCUCUGUGCUCUCUUUCUCAGUUUCCGUUUAUCUGUCUGCCCUUCUUUCCCUUUCCUCCUGUUCUUCAUUGUGUCCUCUCUCUCUCCCUCCCUCUCCCUCUGUCUCCCUCUCCCCCCUCUCUCAGUCUCUCUCUCUCUCUGUCUCUCACACACACACACCCCAUCUGCCUGCCCCGCCCCACAGCCACUCCCUCCACUGUUCUUUAAAGAGAGUAAACGUCUUUUUCUAGGCCUUUCCCUAACCCCGACCUGACCCCACCUUUGCAGAGCAGGGGUUCCCAAGGGCAGGGCCCGGGCCACCGCAGAGGCAGCGCCGUGAGUCCUGAGCACCCUGCGUCUGCUCCAGAGGACACCCCAGCACCCCGGGCUCUGAGCACCUCCUGCUCUGGCUAAUCUGGAGGCCACUUCCACAGUGUGGGCCACAGGUCCUCUAGGAAGCCCCUGGAAGAGCCCAGCCCAGAUACCUUCCUCAGCUGGCCGGAGAGGAGCCCCCCAGGGCCACGGCUGGACAGCCUGCCCUGUGCCCACCCAGUCUGCCCUCCUGGAAGCUGCCUGCAGCCCCCAACCAGUGCUCCCUUAGCGCCCUCCCUCUCACUGUUCCCUGCCCCCGCUUCCAGGGCCUAAUGGACUCCCACGUCCUUUGGGCACCCAAGCGCUGCCUCAGGUGGGGCUGUCAUCCCUGGGGGAACCACAGGCUCAUCCUAGACGAGGCCGUAGAAGCUGACAGGACCACUCCAUUCCCUACCCUGGCACCUCCUGCCCAUGGUGCCCAUGGGGAAACUGAGGCCUGAGAAGGGAUUUGCCGAACGCCACAUGGGGAAGCCAAUUCCUGUGCCUUCCACCUGUUGGUCGCCCUGCUCAGCACAUCCACAGCUGAGGGGGAACUUUGGGGGCCUCUGGGGAGGUGCUGAAGGAAGUUGUUGGGUCAGGAGCAGGAAAGAUUCCCCAUGUACCCACACCACCCUGACACCUGAGCAUUUGUAUUUCACCAUGACACGGCACAGGCCAGCCGGAAGGGCGGUGGGAGGGUGCUCAUGUUAGACGCAGCUUAGAAGUCAGUCUGUUUUCACUGCCUGUCAUUCCACCAGCAUAGCCCCUCUCCUCCUUGGCUCCCCCAAGUCCCCAGAAAGGGGUGCUCCUGAUCUGUGCUGGUAUUGCCGGCUGGCCUGAACCAGAGGGUUCAGCAUCCAGGAUCAGGAAGUCUGAGACCCGAGGGGCCCAGGGUGGCCUGGGGCAGGGGGCUGCGCAGGAUGGAGGAGAGGCUAAAGGUAAUGAAAUGGCACUCCUCCACCACAGGAGAGUGCCUACCCUCACACCCACCCCCUGCCUAGCCCAUGGGGAUCCCCUAGCACUGCUUCCCGACAGACCCAUGGCGGGGCUGACCCCCAAGGCCAACCUCACUCUCACUUCCCCCCUCGCCUCCCUGAGGACAGCUAGAGCCCUUCCUCGCCUGGCCAGGCCACCAGCUUCUCUUUGCAAAACUUUGUGCCUCUGAAAUGCUCUGUUGUUGUUUCAAGACCACAGCAUUUUUUUUAAAUAAAGGGAAA